AUGGCUAACUACCAAAUGAGUACUUUUAAAAUACCAAAAACCACAAUAGAAGAAAUGAAUAAAAUUCAGAGGAAUUUCUUUUGGGGAAAGGAAGAGGGAAAGAGCAAAGGUAUAUAUCCAAAAGCUUGGAUUGUUGUAUGUAAAUCCAAGGAGGAGGGAGGUUUGGGGUUAAUGAAUCUAGAAAAAUUUAAUGAUGCUAUCAUCACCAACAUGGGAUGGAGAAUGUUGCAACAACCUGAUUCACUAGGAACUCAAAUAAUGCAAGCAAAAUAUUUCUCUGAGGAUGAUAUUAUGCAUAUAUCUACAAACCCUAAACCCACUGAUUCAUGGGUUUGGAAAGGUAUUCUCUCUGGAAUCGAAAAUAUCCAAAGAAUUGGAAGAUGGGAAAUUGGAAAAGGAAAGAAUGAUCCAAAUUUGGUUUGA